CCUUGCUGUAUUCCAGUGGAGGGGAUAUGAAGAAGGGGUCAUUGGGACCACCUCUGAUCCCCCCCAUAGGCAAGGCAGUAAGUCCCUCUCUUGGCAGUGCUGCGGACUCUCUGCAAAUCUCUCCGCAGCUGGAAUUCCAGGAGUCCCAGGGGAUGAGGUCAGGAUGCAGCAGCAGAAGCAAGGAGGAGAACUCUGAACAUGCAGGCGUGACUAGGUUCAUUUUCUCCACGUCUUUCCGGCCAUGUCCCUCUUCGCUCCUUCCCUCAAAGCCAUUGCCUCCCAUCAGGAUCAGCUCUCCUUCUUCUAACAAUAAUAAAAUGUACAGCAUGGAGAAAGAAAACAAGGACAUUGGCACUGGCUAUGAUAAUGACAGUAGAAAACACCAGGAGCAGAGUUCAGAAGGAAAAAGUUAUAAGGCUUCCUUGCUGUAUUCCAGUGGAGGGGAUAUGAAGAAGGGGUCAUUGGGACCACCUCUGAUCCCCCCCAUAGGCAAGGCAGUAAGUCCCUCUCUUGGCAGUGCUGCGGACUCUCUGCAAAUCUCUCCGCAGCUGGAAUCCCAGGAGUCCCAGGAGAUGAGGCCAAGAUCCAACAGCAGAAGCAAGGAGGAGAACUCUGAACAUGCUGGCCUCCCACUGAGCCGGGCCAAGGAGAUGGAUCAUCACACUGAUCCUGGUCUUACGAGUGACACAGACCUGAGGGAAGGUUUUGGAAAGAUCCGUGCUGCAUUGUGCAUGUUGGCUCAAAAGAACUUAGAGCGGAAGGACGCAGAGCAUUUGGAGAGAGAGAUGAAGAAAAGGAGGCAAAGGAAAACAUCCUUGCAACCCAUUCUGGAGACAGUUGAGCCCGGGGAUGAAGUUGAAGCAAGCUUUAGCCUACCACCUGUUGAUGGCACAGCUUCUAGAGUGCAGAGAAAACACCCUGGUAGUGCCUUGAAGAAGAAGGUCUUGAAGAAGCAGGACAAUGUGUCCCUACUGCCCAAUAGGCCCAUCAUCCAUGGGGCUGGCAGCUUCCCACGCAGCUCCUCAGGAAAUACACAGCAGAUAGUCCCUAGUGGCUCCUGUCUCUCCUUUGUGGGCAGCCUGCCUGUGCUGUGA